AUGAGUAACAACACAUUCAAAUUAUCACAGAACGAACCCGCAGAGUCACUCGAAUUGUUGAUGAAAUUGGUGAGAGAGAAGGCAGAGAGAAAAGACGGGGAAAUCGGGAAGUUGGAGAAAGACGCAAGAAGAGACGUAAUUGAGGGUUUUCAAGCGAUGGAAACCCUCAUUCAGCAAGUCGUCCAAAUACGUAAAGAGGCUGAUGAGGAAAAGAAACAAGAGUUGGAAAUAUUGAAAGCGGAGAAUUUGGUACUCCAAAAGAAGGUGGAAGUCUCCAAAAAAGAGAUAGAAGUUCUGAAGGCGGAGAGUUCUCAAAGUGUUGUCGAGAAAAAGCGGACGAGCGAGUUGUAUGAGAGUCGCAUUGGGCAGUUACAGCAAGAGUUAGUGAGUAAAGACACCGAGCUUGGUAUAAUAAGCAAUGAGCUUACCAUUCAAAAUGGUUCGGAAGGUCCGAUUGAUGAUGACAUAGUGACUAAAAUCCAAGAGAAGAGAAAGCAGUUAGAGGUUGAGGAACUGAGGCUGAAAAUUGAAGCGCUCAAAACCGAAGUUGACAACUUAAAGGCGCAAGCGGAGACAAAUGCACAAACGAAUGAUGUCAUGUGGGUCACUAUAAUGAAAGGUCGUGUGGAGAACAAUGCUUUAAAAACACAAUUAGAUGAAUUGGAAAAAGGUCCACUGCCAGACACAGAAGACAUAUUUGAGGGUUUUGUGCAGCGCGGUGAGUUCGACAAGAUAAGGGAGUGGACCAAAAUAUCGAACUACAAAAAGGUUGGGACAAUAGAAGGUGAUGGUGACGAAAAUAGUUGGAAAAUGGCGUCAGGAAAGAGUAACAUCCUAUGCAUCAAAGUCACACAAAUAGGAAGUGUCUUUGGGUAUUUCCACAGAGGUCCACACCCCUCUUUAAAAACGUGGAGAAUACCACAAACAAGUGAAACAGUUUUCACUCUGAGAAACUUGUUCAACAAACCUCCUUUAAUCAUUAAACAGCUGGUCAAUGGAAAGUUGGAAGAAAGUAAACCCGUCGAUCUUGAGAGAAAUACAAGUGAAAAACUCGAAAUAAAUAUCUUAGGGAUAAUUUGUGGGCAAGAAAGGGAAAAGAAGGGAAAACCCUACGCUCACACCAAACUCGAAAAUCAGCAACGUCUGGUGAUGUAUAAUCCAUACGAUGUCGAGAACGGGAAGCUGAAGGGGAACGCGCCGGUUGAGUUUAUGUCGACGACAUUACCGAAGAUACCAAGCGAUAGACAACAACUUUUGGACAUAGGGUUACCCUUUGCGGUCAACGUCCAUCCGACAAACCCAACGAUUCCAGUGGCACAAGUAAACACUACAAAUGGAGUUAUUAAUCGGUGUGAAUAUUGCAGAGCAUUUAUCAAUCCUUUUGUUAAUUGGCAAGUGCCAGGGACCCGUUUUGUAUGUAACUUUUGUAACCACGUGAACUACUUGAGUAAGUCACCGUAUCAGUUGUACAACGAAACACAAUAUCCGGAGUUGACACAGGGGUGUGUGGACUUUGUGGUGCCAGACAAUUUCAUGCCGAGAAUAUAUGAAGGGGUGCAUAUGGUCAUUUUAAUCGAUCUGAACUGCCCGGCUCUCGAGUUUGUCAUCCAGUGUUUGGACGCACUCGACUUCACCGCAAAAGUCGCGCUAAUAGCAUACGACGACACCAUUCAUUUAUUCAAAGCAAGUAAAAAUGGAGUUGUUGAAAAUGUGAUUAUGCCGAGUAUGGAGGUCGACAUCUGUGAGUCGCCUUCCGUGUUUUUAAAUGCACAAAAAGUGAAACAGAUCUUACCAUUAAUCAAAAGUAUGGGGCCAAAUGGGAACAACUGUUUAUAUGAAGCCAUUGGUAUUGGAUCCACUUUGUUGUCAAAAGUAGGAGGGAAGAUAGUUGUUAUCAAUAGCACUCCUGUUAAUGUCGGUAAAGGGGUGUAUACUGUCCGAACACCAUACUCGGAACAGCGGUCGAAUGACGCUUUUAAGAAGAUAGCAGCGGAUUUAAAUAACAAAGGAAUCACAGUGGACUUACACAUCAUUACAGGACAAUUGAUUGACCUCCCUCAAAUUGUCGAUUUAGUUGGGAAGACUGGGGGAGAUUCAUCAUAUUGUGGAGUGAACACUUUAGGCGAUGGUACGUUUUUCAAAGCACUUCAUAAGUCCAUUUGUGAUGUGUGUGGAGUCGAUGGAAGUUUCCGAAUGAGAGUGUCAAACACAUUGAGAGUGGUGAAUAGGUAUGGUCACUUUUUAACAAAAAUAUCGGACGUGAUUUCAUGCCCUGUGGCGUCGUCUACGACAUCAUUGAACGUUAGAAUCACAAUUGACUCACCGAUUCUCGCGCCUCAUGUCUAUCUUCAAGCGUCGUAUUUAUUCACCAAUUUAGAAGGAAAAAGAUUAAUAAGAGUGUGUACAAUAGCAGUUCCAGUCACACAAAUACAAAGUGAAUGUCUGCCACAAGAUUACGGAAAUGUUGCUGGGGUAAUGGCACUGAUCUUGAUGGACCAGAGACCUGUUUUGAAAAAGGAGGAUUUGAUGGUAUCCCUUGCCAACCAACUCGCCAAGUUUUUCAAGUUCGUCCAAAACAAGGGAAAUACACAACAAUUAUAUUCAGUCAAUGUCCCAGCAUUGGCUGUAUCAUUAACGUUAUACGCAACAGGUAUAGUCUCCCUCAUUUCGUUACCUUCAUCGGAUUAUAUCGUUAACUUAAGAGAACAGGUGUUGGCGAUGAAAUUGGAGAGUAUCAAAAACAUGAUCCUCCCUUCACUCUUUGACCCAAUCACUUUGAAACAAAUACCAACAGACACAAACGCCCUAAACAAUUUGGUGUUAGCAUAUGAUGGAGAAAAUUGGAUUCUCUCAAUCGGAAGUUUGGUCCCAGCACAAGACGUGCAACAAAUCAUCGGAGACCAAAGUGUCGUUGUCGUACAACACUCUGAAGGGAUGUUCAAAAAGAUCAGAGAACUCACAGGAAACUCUCCCAUCAUCGUUUGUAAACAGGGAACAGACGUCGCCAAUUUGCACUUAAAUACUCACCUUUUCUCCCCACAGCAAUUUGCAGAGUUUCUCACGCUCAUCGACUCUAAAGUGCCUAAGUGA